UUUGGAAUUAUCGCAAAUACAACAAUUAUUGAAUGAAGUGCCACAUUUACUAUUUGGAAAAACAAGAAAAUAAUAAUCUUGUCAACAAGAGGAAAAUAAUUGAAGACGUUCUAAAUUGAGGAUUAUUGAUUACAGUGGUGUUUAUUUAAUGAAAAUCGCACACGUGUAUUGUGGAUCCAACGAAUCAGAUGUUGUGCCGGUUUUUCACGUUUGUUUACGGUAAUUUUCACUUGAAUUUUCCCAACAUUCCAACACUAUAUAAUUUGGUGCCACGGUGGCCGUAUUACGACAACUGCGACGGCGCAUUGAAAGGAAUUCCUGGUUGACGUUGGCAGAACGUUUUCGGAGUAGGGGAUAAAAAAGAAAAAGGUGCUGCUUUGCUUCCACGCUGUGUGUGACAACGAGACGCUAGAAUUUUGUCGUCCGCUAACUUCUGACAUAUCAACUCUCUUUCUGUCAUUAUAACAAUUCACAUUCCAAGUGCCAAUUCAUUUAUAAAAUUCUACAAUAAUUAGACAAAAGGAAUAAUGGCUCCAAAGCAAAGGAUGCGUAUCGCCAACGAAAAGGCUACCAAGAAUAUCACCCAACGAGGAAAUGUUCCUAAAUCAACGAAAGUGCAGAAUGAAUCGUCUCCUGUUGGUCCUUGGCUUUUGGGUCUUUUUGUCUUUGUCGUAUGUGGUUCCGCCGUUUUUCAAAUAAUCCAAAGUAUACGAAUGGGCUAAACAGAAGGAGGAGGGGAGAAAAUCAUAAUUUAUAAUUAAUAAGGAAAAUCUACCAACUCAUAUUGAACAUCAUCAGUUUUUUUUGUUUUCAACAAUUGAACGAUGAAUUGACCUUCGGAUAUUUUGAAUUCAAGAUGACGCUCAAAGAGCUCGAAUAUUAUUGGGCCAUCAAAUCCUCCAAUGAGUCUUGUGAUACUAGAAAAUUAGAGGAUUUUGCAAUAAUUCUUCCUCGUUCGGCUCAAAGAUUUUAUUUAUGAAAAAAUAAAAAAAAAUCUUCGCAUUUAAUAAGCGUUUAAAUAUAGUAUAAAAAAAUGAGAAAAAUGAAACUAUUUUAGUCUCAAUCACAAUUUAAUCGUCGAUGAAUGAAACUUAAGUUUUCAUUAAAAAAAAGCAAUAACAAUGUCCAAAGCACUAAAAAAUUGAAAAUAUUAACUUUUUACAUGUAGAUUUUCCUUUAUUCACAAUAUUGAACAGUUUUUUUGUCAACUUUUUUUGAAAACAUUCCAGAUUCUUCCAUCGACGUUUCAUCUAUAAGAUAAUUUGUAUAUAAUAAUUAUUGAAUAUAAUAUUGUAUUUUCAUUCAUCUAUGGCAUUCCAUUAUAAACUGAUGAUCUUUGAUCAAUAGAUAAGGAACGCUUAUACUCUUAACGCUCUAAAUAAACUAUUCUGUAAUAAUAAUAAUUGAAAAUAUAUUUACAUACAACAUUUAUCAUUGAAAUAAAUAAAUUAUACUGA